UCCAAUAUUAGGGCUUUUCUAUGGAAGCAUCAACGUCAUCACUCUAUCUAAAUUAGAACCUACCCAACCUCUUCUGUGGUGUAGUGUAAUGCAUCUCGAAUGAAUGAAAAAAAAACACCUCUACUGUGGUGAUAGAACGACCUUAACAGAUUUUACGGGCUAAGUCAUUCGAAGCCAUUCUCAUGACAUGACAUAACAAGUUUAAUUCACUACACAAUAGCGAAGUACAGUUUUUAAAGCUCAUUAUUCUAAAGCGCGUCUCCUCCAUUUUCUUUAAUACAUACGGAAUCUAGUAUCCUUCUGAUCAUCCUUCCCACGAACCCAGCUAACAUGGUUGUAGAAUAAUCCCUAACUGAUUAUAUUAUUGACGGCUCGGUGGCAUGGUGUGUCCGGCGCUGAUUUCACACACUGCAGGCCAUAUAUGACCACCAGGUUGAAAUGUUAAAAAAUAAAACGAAGAGGAAUAUUAACCUUUAUGCACAACGUUACAUUUUGUAAAGUUUGACAGGUCUAAAAAGUAGAGUUUUGCACACACGUUGAUGUUCAAGUAUAAGAAUUGAUUUUUUCAAUGUAUUAAGAAAAAUCAAAUCGUAAACAACAAACGUUAACGAAUGUAACAGUAUCAGUCUCUCCAGGGUGAGGAAAGACAAAUUUCGCAAUACAAACUAAACCAUCUACCUGAACGGCGGAAACACUAAUGAGCAUAGUCAGUGUGUGUGCACAACGAAGCAGAUAAGGAAUAUUUAAUUUUCUUUGAUGGUAAAAAUUUUGUAACAAUCUCGUUGGGUCAUUUCAACGCUUCUGCACCACGAUAUGCAUGCAUAGUGCCGUUGUUGUUGCAACAAAGACAUUAGAUAGGAGUUUGAGACAGAAAAUAAGAAAAUACUACACACCCCUCACAUUAUCAAUCUUUUUCUCGCUGGUGCCAACGUUUAACGUUAAUCGCUAACCUGUUAUUGUCAUUUGGCUAUGAAGAAAGUGUGAAAAAUGCAUCCACACCAUCAGCGCAUGGUAAAUUACCUAAUUAAUUUGACUUUAAUUAAUAGAUGCAAAAAUGAUGGGAGUCCCGUACCGAUGGUAGGCUGAUUUUGCAUUUCUAGCAAGCAUUGUGCUUAUUGGAACGUUGGAUUACGCAUUGGAGAUACUAAUGAUCAUUAUAAUUUUCCACUUGAAUAAUUCUUACCGUAAAGGGUAGGGAUUUUUUUGCGUAUACGUGGCGAAUCGAAUUGAGCUUGUUUGUGUAUAAAAUCACAGCAUGCCAAGCUUACCGUUUAGUCGCCAAUUUGCAGUAUCAGGUGCUAGUAGUGUAACCGUUACCAACAAAGAAAGGGCUGUUGUGUUAAAAGUGUUAGAGUUUAACGCUAGCAAUGAGUUACAGUGAUUUAGUGCUUACAUCCACUAUUGGAUCAGGAUCCAAUAAUUGGACUAGACAGCAGAUUAUGGAAAGUGCGCCCAAAACCACUGUAUUGUUGCUCCUAAGCUUCAUCUUCAUUAUAUGCUGUUUGGCGGCAUACUUGGAGCGCUAUCGACGUUUGGUUCGCCAUAUCAACUCUAUACCCGGACCGGCCACACUACCAAUCAUUGGCAAUGCACUGCUUAUCAACGCUGACCGGGAAGAACUUUUCAAUCGUAUCAUCGCUUCCCGGAAGCUGUACGGACGUCGGCAGGGUAUCACACGUAUCUGGAAUGGAAUGACUCCCUACGUUCUCAUAUCGCAGGCACAAACAGUCGAGAAGAUCCUCAGCAGUAACAAAAACAUUGAAAAGGGCCGUGACUACGAAUUCCUGCAACCAUGGCUCGGUACCGGUUUGCUGACGAGUUCUGCCAGUAAGUGGCAACACCGACGCAAGAUCCUUACGCCUACGUUUCACUUUCGCAUACUGUCGGACUUUGUGGAAGUUUUCAACAAGCAGUCCGAAGUGCUGGUGGAAAAGCUUACUCAAGAAAUAGAUAACAAAGCAGGAUUCGAUUGUGUGCGCUACAUAACACUAUGUUCGCUGGAUAUUAUUUGUGAAACUGCCAUGGGAUGUCCGGUGUACGCACAGCGACAGUCCGAUUCAGAGUACGUUAGGGCGCAUGAGAAAAUCGGGCAGAUAAUGCUUAGUCGGCUCCAAAAGCUUUGGUUACAUCCGGACAUCAUAUUCCGCUGCACUAAGCAGUACCAAGAACAACAACAGUGUCUAGACAUCUUACAUAAGUUCUCCUACCGCAUGAUCAAGGAACGGCGUGCAAUUAUUCAAGCCAGCCACAUAAAAUCUGACGUGCAGGGAGACGCUACAAAGAGCACCGAAGCUACACAGUCGCACCAACUCUUCAGUACUGGCCGUAAGCAGCUCGCAUUUCUCGACCUGCUUAUAGAGGCGUCCGAUGGAGGCAGAGUCCUUUCCGAUACGGAUAUACGCGAGGAGGUGGAUACAUUUAUUCUUGGUGGGCACGACACGACCGCUACCUCUAUCUCGUGGACUUUAUUCCUUCUUGGGACUGAACCGUCCAUCCAGGAGAAGGCGGUGAAAGAGAUUGAACAUGUAAUGAGUGGCGAUAAUUAUCGAUGGCCAACAAUGCGCGAGCUGAACGAAAUGAGAUUUCUCGAGGCGUGCAUUAAGGAAGCGCUCCGACUGUAUCCGAGUAUUCCGAUCAUUGGCCGACGGUUAACAGAAGAUGUUCAGCUUGCCGAACAUCUACUACCGGCAGGCACAAACGCAGUCAUAGUUGUGUAUCAACUGCACCGUGACCCGGCCGUUUUUCCUAAUCCCGAUCGAUUCAAUCCGGAACGUUUCCUGCCGGAUGCAGCAAAUGUGAAAAAACCGCGUCAUCCAUUCGCUUACAUUCCGUUCAGUGCAGGACCAAGGAAUUGCAUAGGGCAAAAGUUUGGCGCACUGGAGGCAAAGGCCGUGCUGGUGUCAAUACUCCGGCGGUAUCGCAUCGAGGCUGUCGAUCGCCGAGAGAAUCUCACCCUUUACGGAGAGCUAGUGCUUCGUUCCAAAGAUGGACUUAAAAUACGAAUUACAAAGCGAAAAUAAAAAUAAACUCAAAAGUUUUGUGAUA